GAUGUUUUGGGAAACAGUGCCUUACUUUGCUGGGAAUAACACAUUUAAUCAUACUAGUCCUGUUUUUUUUCGCCGAAUCAAUGAACGCCAACGUUUCAGACAUUAAAAACGAGAGUUAGCUUGUACCGUUGCGUUUUUGCUGUUACUUGUCAUCAGGUAGCUUAAACGAGCUAAUGCUAACAUUUAACUUUAACCGGUGGUGGUGUCCUGUGUCAGUGAGCAGUUCAUCAGUUUACUUUAGAAAUAAGCUUGGUGUGGAUUUCAGAUAGUUGUGUUUUUGCCGUAACACAGUUUGUGCCUCCUGUCAUUUAGCCACUGGUUUGCACUUGAAUUACUUCACUGACAGACAAAAGACACAAACAUUAAACAAAAUACAGUCAGCCUUUAAUCAUUUAUAUCAUUUAUUAUUAGGUGAUCUUUCUGUCUUUAUGUAGCCAUAUGUAUUUUGUUAGUUCCCUUUAGGAAAGUGUAAUGCUGUGUUAGUUAGACUUGCCUGGCACACAUUAGAUAUUUAUGUCAGGAGCCAAAGAAGGUGGUGUCUUACUGAAGCUUAGUGUGGAUUUAGCAUAAUCACUGAAGACCAUGUCUGCUCUUCAAAAUGACCUUUACAGAAAAAUGUCUAAAAAGUUAAAAAAGAGAAAGCGUAAGAAGUUGUCCUCAUCCUCCAGUGAAGAAGAUGAGAAGGUAUCCGGAGAACAAGAUGCCACCAGCAGUUGCAAAAGUGUCAAGAGGAGACACGACAGCUGUGCAUCGAAACGGGAAAGUUCUGUUUCUUCAACCAUUAAAGAUGAUUUCCAAAGCACCCGCCAAAUAAAAAAGCCUGUCUACAGACUGGUAAAAACACAAGCAGAAGACCAGACACCUGUUAAUAAGGCUAGAGAAUGUAUAAAAACAGAAAGUGUCUCCUUGCCGUUCCAUGGGGGAAAGUGCUCUGGUAAAGCAAAGCAUGAUAUUUCACGGAAAGGUAAUACUGUCAGUGGGAGUAAGACUGUGGAAAGUGGACCCUCGAAACCCUUAAGCACUAACACUCCAGGGACAGUUCCUCAGAAAACAGAGAGGAUGUCUAAGGGUAGAUUAGAUGAAAACUCUUCCCAGAGGAGCCUAUCAAAAUUUAAAAAGCUAAUGAGUCCCAGUUUGGUCCCUGCUGAACAGAAAGAGCAGAGGCAGAAUCUACAGAAGAAGAGGUGCAGCUCUGAAGAACCACCAAGGACUGAGAAUGACAGCAAUACUAUCAAGAUCAGGGAAUCAAGCAAGACCUCGUCCAACUCCAAAGAUUCAGCAAGGCAGAAGGGAAGGGAGCUGGACAACAAGGUUCCUCAAAGGCAUCAAGAAAGGGAGUUUAAGGCCAAAGGGCGCCUUUGUACAGAAGCAAAAGCUCCCUCUGUCUCUACCACAAAUCAGUCUUCCACUUCAGCCAAGUACUCUACCUCAGAGAGUAGCUCAAAGGUGUUGAGGAAUGUCACAUCGCAUAAGGCAGCUAGGUCAUCAUCUUCUCAGGAACAAAGAGAUUCUCUCACAUCACCUCUGCCUCCCAAUUUUAAGAUACCAAAAAAGGUUAAACCAAGGCUAGUAGAUAGUACUGAUGAUGACAGGGCUAUUUCUGCAAACAGAAAUCUCAAAGAAGGGACUGAGCCUUCAGGCUCUGCGGCCUCAAUAAGAAACUCCAAGCAGGACAUGGUCCAACAACAUCACAGCUAUUUGGAUGUGACUCCCAGGUUUUCAUCCGAAGGACAAGAUAAAAUGACGUCCUUGCCUGGCCAGUUCCCAACUGUGUGCAAUACUGCCACCAAGCCAUGGUAUGACCAGAUGCAAGUGGUUGAAGAGCUUCACCUUGCUCGCACGGAGAAGAAACUGGACCUGGAUGUAAUGCAGAGCUAUGGAGAGCUGACCUGUAUGGACAUAGACCCCCCAGAAGAGGGAGCUACAGAUGCAUGCUGCAAACAAUUCCCUCAGCAAGACCUAAUCCUUGUCUUGGACACCAAUAUUCUCCUCAGUCACCUGGAUUAUGUGAAAAAGAUCAAGUCUCACGGCCUUGGAGCCCUGGGCUCUCCUGUUGUCCUGGUCCCCUGGGUGGUGCUUCAGGAGCUGGAUUCCUUAAAACGAGGGAAAGGCCUCUCGGGUUCUGUGGCACACCUGGCCACUCCUGCCAUCUCAUACAUUUACAAUUCUUUGAAGAACCGGGAAUCUCACCUCUGGGGGCAGUCAAUGCAGCAGGCCGCAGAGAGCAUCAAUGGUCUCAGUGCUGAGAAUAAUGAUGACAGAGUGCUGCAGUGCUGCCUGCAAUACCAGGGUCUGUACCCAGGGUGUGCUCUCAUCCUGUGCACUAAUGACAAGAACCUGUGCAGUAAAGCCCUCCUGAGUGGGGUGAAGGCCUUCAGCAAGAAUGAUUUGGAGGCAGAGGCUGAGAGAUCCAGACACGGCCUUCACCCUCUGCAAAACAUCGAGACCCUCAUGCUGCCUCACACAAACCUUCAGAUCUCUUCAGCAGUGCUCAGCGGGAGUUGCACACCAGCCCAGCCACACAGUCAAAAGAGAACAGGCCUUUCUGAAGGACCCGUAAUGAAAUAUAGCCAGCAGCUCGGUGAAGGAGAGGAAGACAAGACGAAAUGGGACCUUAGCAGGUGUGUUUCCAAACUGGAAGACAGCCUGCGGGAGGUGCUGUCUGAUGUGUUAGAGGUGGAGAUGAAGGCUGCUUAUGAAGACCUCUGGUUAGAGAUAGUCUAUCUAAAACCACCCUGGUCUCUUCAAGAUGUCCUGCAGUGCUUGAAAAAGCACUGGAUUGCUGUCUUUGGGCACAUUGUCCCACGGAGGAAACAGCAAACUGUUUUAAAUCUCAUCGAAUUCUUCAACUCAGGUAAAACAAUGGACUGCAGUGCCACCUUAGCAGCCCUUCAAGAAGCUAAAGAGCUCGUGAAAGCUUUUGGGAAUCGUUCAAGCCGUGUACCCAGUGCCAUUUCAGUAAUGGACAACAUUUUCAAUAAGCUACAGUCUCAGAGAGAGCCUCCUGCCUGUGAUGUUGUCAUGAAUGAUGAUGAUGAAGACAAACAACCCAUGUCUGCUCAGGUCUCUCAUCAGGAAGUGUGGGCCCUGUUUGAGAACAUCUGGUCCAGUGUGUAUCAAAUGAGCUUGGAAGUGUUCAAAGCACUGGGCUUUGACCCUCACACCAUGCAGAGUGCUCAGCCAGUGGGAGGUCCUCCACCACCACAGGACGCUUUGACUUGUUUGCACAAACUGUCCUCCAUGGUCUCACAGCUGCUCCAAGCCUUCAGCAGUGUCUUGUCCUCACCCCCUGGUUUGGAAGAAGUCCAGGCACUGCUCAGCAUCAUCCACUCUAAUAAGAUUGUUAAUGUGGAUUCCAGAUUGACAGCCAGAGACCUACUUGAUUGUUUCUCACAACAGGACUACAGGGAGAAGCUGAGAGUUGGAGGGGCCCAGUUCAUGGAGGUAAAAGAGGCCCUGGAUCGUUGUGUUGGGGCCACAGCUCAAAACAUCACCUUCAGCACAUGGCCCUGAAUGGCCCAGUGCCAGGGAGUUUGCACAUCAGCCAGUGAGAUGCCUUGAAUGAACUGACAUCAUUUCCUUGAAGUAAAAACUAUAAGUUAAAGUGACGUUUGCUUUUAUUGUGCCUCCUGUGACUGCACCUGUUCCCUGUGACAGACAAUAUUUUUGUCUGUGGAUGGUUCUCCAUUAUUCUAAAGGGUAGAACAUUGGUUAAAUUGAGGUUCUACUUUCUGUAUCAGGCACGUAUAUCAUAUCUCCUGCCACAACUGAGCAGUGUUUUCUCAUUGUUAUAUUUCAAGUGUGAUGUAGUUCAGUAAGUCCAUCAGCAUUUAAGUGAUUAGUUAAAUCACAGUGCUGGUUUUCAUUUUUAAUAUUAUUAUUUAUAUUUUCUUUUGUUUGUUAUAUACACAGAGAAUAUGGAAAAAAAAAUUUAUUUGGUCAUAUUUUUGGACUGAAUGUGUAAUGAUGCAACACUGAUGUCUGAAAUCCUUGGUAUCCCACCGCCCACACCCACCUCACCCUCUGUGACAACUGACCUUUUUUUAAAUGACUAAACUGUGACUAAAUAUAUAUUAUAAUGUCUGUUCACUGUUUGUCAGCCCUCAACCAGCUUAAAGGAAUUAUUUGAUAUUUUGGCAAAUAUGCUCAUGAAGGCACAUGACCCCCAUAAAACCCAAACUUCAUGGUUUGACACCUUCUUACUGUCAUACUAUCUCCUGAACAUGGGAUUUCAAAAUCAUCGUGUUAGAAAGUCAACAGAUUGUCCUUUUGAACUGCCCAAGUGUCUCAGUGAGACACUGCAACACAAUUUGCUGUUUUUUGAAAGCUACAGCUGUCGGUGAGGAUGUGAACCAGUGAAACUACGUUUUCAGAUUUUGCUUUUUUUUUUUUUGUUUAUUUUUAUAAG